AUGAGGCUGUAUAUGGGUAGCAGCAUUGGCUGGGGAAGUAACCUGCGCCAGACUGGGGUCCAUUCCAGAGAGAAAGGGGGGGGGGGGGUGGGGGGAUUGGGCAUUUUUCCUGAAACCACCCAGCUCUCAGACCUGAAGCUUCAGAAUGAAGUCUCAGUCCACCGAGCGGCCUCGAGCGUUGCCGUUGUUCUCCUGACUGAUAUCCACCAUGCUCUUCCACCUGCUCCUCCCCCUUUGAUUUCAGGUUUGGUAGAAUCACAAACAGACAAUAGGACAAAUGAAGAGUUGAGCAAAUUUAAAGGGAAACUGGAGCAACUGGCCAACCAAACAAUCAGCCAACCCACCAAAAAUAAUAGUACGAUAGGAGCUGACUUGUAUAAAGAACUUGAGUUGGAGAAAAACCAAACACUGACUGUUAUCACCGAGGACGACGGUUUGGUUGUAUCACAAACACACAAUAGGAUAAAUGAAGACUGGAGCAAAUUUGAAGGGAAACUGGAGCAACUGGGCAACCAAACAAUCAGCCCGCCCACCAAAAAUAACAGUACGAUAGGAGCCGACUUGUAUAAAGAAUUUGAGUUGGAGAAAAACCAAACACUAACUGUUAUCACUGAGGAUGACGAGAGAUUUCAGGAUGCGGACUACAGUUUUCCACAUCUGAACUGCCAGACUGAGCUGCAGGUGUUCUACAGUCACAGGUUUUGUGGUGAAGCUUUCCAUCAGCAUAUGAUGAAUAUCACCUCAGAGAGAUGGUGUGUGCUGGAAAAUGUUAUCCGACUGUACAACGAUUUGACCCUUUGCUUGGAGAACGUUUCCACGAUUGUUGGUUGCUUUUACCCAAACUCCAACAUUCAAGACUUCUUCCUGUACAUACACUCCCUGUACUUCCAAAACUGCUCAAAGGAAGAGGAGCCAUUUGUGGAUGCACCUCACAGUGUGGUUGUCAUCCUCACUCUCAUCCCAGUGAGCCUCAUCCCUGUUAUGGUUUUCCUGGUGGUUUGGAGAAGUAAAGUCCAGGACUGAGCAGAACUGCAGAUAAACUGAACAAAACGCAAAUAAUCACUGGUUAAUUUCACCUUUCAAACUAUAGUGACACAAUGUAGAAGCGAAUAGGUUUUGUUUGUUGAAAAUAAUUUAACACCAAAACCUGCUUGGACUGCUUGGAGGCGGCAUGCGGUGUUGUAAAAAUAUGUCUGGCUUUGUUUGUUAUUUUUAUAUUGUAAAUUUUUUACUUUAUUGGGUAAAAUUUUCAACCUUUAAUUAUUAAACCUAACCGACACUAGAAGCAGUCAUAAACUACAAAGAUGGAUGUUGUGUUGGUGUGAUAUUAUACAAUAGCAGAUUGAAGUGAUGCUCAUCCUGACUCUAAUAUUCGGUUUUUAAUUAAAGGAACAGAAACUUUCUCCA